GAAGAAGGGGAGAUAACAGUGACAUGAAACGAAAAUCUCUCAGACAUCUGAUGCAAGAAACAGUAUUUUCUGAUUUAUAAGACUUUUGAACCUAAACAUGGACAAGAACGAUAUUCUGUCAUAUUUUAACAAGCUUAUCAAUGAUGACCCAGAUAUUUCUGCUGCUGUAGCUGCCAUCAAAACUCUCCUGAAGUUCAUUGAAGCAAACAAAGUGGAAACUCUGUCGGAGAUGAGGGAGCGCCUGAAGGAUGCAAUCAACACAUUGACACAGACUGACAGCAGUGUUACAUCCAUAUCAUCAGGCUGUGAACUGUUUCUACGCUUCAUCACACUGGCAAAUCUUCAGCAUUCUGAUUUUCAAGAAUGUCAGAAAAUCUUGGUUCAGAGGGGAAAUGUGUUCCUUCAGAAAGUGGCCAGUUCCAGACAGAAAAUAGCAAAAAUAACUCACCCAUUCAUCACAGAUGGAUCUACCAUCUUGACACACUCACGGUCACGGGUGGUGCUGCAGGUGUUGCGGGAUGCUGCCGCUGCACGCCGCCGCUUCAAGGUGUAUGUAACAGAAUCUCUCCCUGACAAGUCCGGUUUUGAGACCUGUGAGGAGUUGUCUGCCCUUGGCAUACCAACCACAGUAGUUCUGGAUGCUGCAGUGGGAUAUGUAAUGGAGAAGGUGGACCUGGUUCUCAUCGGAGCUGAGGGGGUGGUGGAGAGUGGCGGGAUAAUCAACAAGAUCGGGACUUACACAAUGGCUAUCUCGGCCCAGGCGAUGAACAAGCCGGUAUAUGUGGUGGCAGAAAGCUUCAAGUUUGUAAGGCUCUACCCUCUCAACCAACAAGACAUGCCUAACCAGUUUAAAUACCAGUCAUCUACUCUGAAGUCUGGCCGCGACCUGAGCAAGGAGCACCCUCUGGUGGACUACACACCUCCAGCUUACAUCACCCUCCUUUUCACAGACCUAGGGGUCCUCACGCCAUCGGCUGUCAGUGACGAGCUCAUCAAACUGUAUUGCUAACAUCAUUUACUGGCUAGAGGGAAUAAAUAACCAUGCUGUCUUGUGAUA